AUGGCUCAAGUGCAACGAUCCAAAACUCCUCUGGAGAUUCUGCAAGGGUCGAUCAAUGCUGUUCUUAUAGAGACUGGCAAAGCUCUACGCGCAACAGGCCUAGAUGGGGGAAAGACAAUGGCCAUUUCCGCCAUAAGACUUCACGCAACCAUUCCAUCUAUAACCGAUAAUUUUCACCACGCCUUAGAUGAUCUUGAGGCUGAAAUCGUACGAGCAAAAUCGGUCAUAGGACGAGAUCUAGAAGAAAUGCGAUCAAAACGAAUUGCGGCAGAAAACCCACCUGCUCAAAUUUUCGAAGAACCCGCCGCACCUGAUCCCAUACCACAUCCUCUCACUAAGUAUCAUGAGGAUCUACCGGUGGCAACGAAGCAAGAAAGGACGAAAGAAACCACUCCCCUGCCAACGAUUUCGCUGGAAGAGGAAAAACCAGUCAGGGAUGAACCGUCAAAUGAAAUUUUACAUAAAGAUGAGAUGAAAGAACCCAGAAUUCUGUCUCCUCCAAGUAAGAACGACAACAAACCCCAAGCUAUCGGUCUUGGAAUAAAUACUACACUUCCAGUAUCUACAGAUAUCCCUGCAACUACCACAGCAGGCGGGCAAGAUUCUUCGAUCGACUCACUUUUCGAUAUCCCAGAUAGUGCUGCUAAUGAUGAUUCUGCAGCUCUUAACUUCGAUAACAUGGAUUUCACGAUGCCAGACGCAACCACAAAUACUCAAAGUCAAGACAAUGGCCAGACUCAAACUACUGAGUUUGACCUCUCCACAUUUGGGAACAACCCGCAAGAUUUCAGCAUGAAUGAUCUACAGCCUUCUAAUGAGGCUUCUAAUAAUAACGCAAACAUUACUACAACAAACAAUAAAGGAGAUAUGAUGGACGACCUCCUUAACAUGAAUACCGCUGCUGGCAGUGGCAUGGAUAAUAAUAACAACAACAUUAAUAAUAUGGACCUAGGCCUGGAUCUCAAUAACAUGGUUGGGGCAGAGGAAAGUGUAUUUGACGAUAUGUUCUUUGAAGGUGACGACGAUGGAAACGUAGGAGGGGAAAUAGGCGAAAUGGAGCAUGGGCAAUUUGACAAUGCAUUCUUUGGCAUUGACUAA